AUGAGGACUGCACCUCUCUCUCGGCUGGUCCUGGUGCUAUGGGUGACGGGGACCCUGAUGGGGGCUGGGACCCCUGGAGAAGAAGCCCUUCCUGGGGAGCCUGCAGGCACUGGGGGUCUCAUCUUCCACCAAGACUGGGACUGGCCAGCCCCCCAGGGCUUGCCUCCAAGCAGCCAGCGAGACUCCCUGUGCCUGGUGACGCUGGUUGGUGGCAGCAACGGCAGCAGUGCCCCCGUACAGGUGAUGGGAGCCCUGAGGGGCUACGAGCAGGCCUUCCUGGAGGCCGUGCAUCGAGCCCACUGGGGGCCUCGUGACCUGGCCACCUUUGGCGUCUGCACCCCUAGCCAUGAGCACACUGCCCUGCCCCUUUUGCAGUGGCUUAGAGUGUGGCUGGGGGAGCCCCGGGGGCAGCGGCUGGUGGUCCUGCACUUGGAGGAAGUGACCUGGGAGCCAACACCCUCACUGAGGUUCCAGGAGCCUCCAUCUGGAGAAAUCAGCCCCUCAGAGAUGGCGCUGCUGGUGCUGUACCCCGGGUCUGGCCCAGAGGUCACUGUAACAGGGGCCGGGCUGCUGGGCACCCAGGUACCAGGGUUGAGUUGGGCAUUCCUUCACCCCCAGUCACCCUUACCCAUAGCAGGGGCGGCGGGGGGUGGGGUGGGGGGUGGUGGUGGUGGUGGUGGUAAAAUCUUCACCUCAGGGAAAGGCUCCAGGGUCCAGAGUAGAACCUGGAAGGGGUGGUGA